CAAUAGCGGCAGUGCAGUAUGGGGCCGGGGAUACCGAAUCCGGGUAACAGUUGAUUUACGUGACUCCGAGAGUGCGUUCACGGUUAUUUUCCUCAGAAAUCAGAGCCAACGCAAAGAUGAGCAACAAAAGCGGAGAAAAGGAGAAAGAAGGAGGGCCGUCAAUAGCCUCCGUUCAUUCAGCCAACCAGUGGGAAUCAGCCAGCUUUGGGGAUAAUGCACAAAAAGAGAAGUUUCUUCGGCUCAUGGGUGGAAUGAAGAAGCAGCACACUGGACGUUUCGUGAUAGGGGAGACAAACAAAGAUGCCCACAGACGAACAGAAGAGGAAAACAAGAAGAUGGAAUCCAAGCUGGAACAACAGUAUCAAGUGGGGCUGGAAAAGAAGCUGACAGGUCAGAAUCGACGGCACGUUGGGCUGGGGUUUGUCGAACCUGAGGAGGAGAAAGAAGACAAGCCAUCAGGGACACAUAUCCGGUUUGAUGAUGACGAUGAGGUGUCGAAGAAUUCCGAGACAUCCAAAGGAAGCCCAAAGGAGGGAGGAGAAGAUGCGGGAGACCAGAGAAGAGGCGACAAGGACCUUCACGGCAAAAAGGAAAGACGGGAUGAGAGGCAGAAACGAGAUGAGAAGAGGAGAGAGGGUGAUGCAGAGAGGCGACGCUCAGAGGAACAGGUGGCAGAGAGAGGCUUCAACAGGGAGGGACAGCGGAGCGAGGCGCGAGACGGAAGAGCAAGCAGUCGAGACGAAGACAGAAGACACGGAGACCAUGGCGACAGAGACAACCGAGAGAGGAAGGAGGACCGUAGCAGAAGAGACAGCCAGGCACAAAAGGAGGGACAGUCUGGCAGAAAUGGUGACAAACACAGGCGCAGUGAGGAGGCGGCGGGAGAGACAACUGAACAAAAGAGGAAGAAGCACAAGACAUGGGAGGAAGACAGUGGCUCCGAGUAGACUGGCUUUGACCCAAACGGUUGCUUCCCAAAGACCACUACUGCACCGUCAAUGAGCCAUAACCCUCUGCAAUAUCUACAAAAUGUCACGCCUCCAGAUUCUGAGGUACCCUGAGCCUAGGCAACACCCUACUUGACUUACAUGUUCAUGGAAGUUUGGAUGAAGUACAUGACAGCUAUCGAGAGCCAAAAGUUGUAUAAGAAAAAGGUAUCUUGGUGAUAUGCUUGGUAGCACUUUCAAAUCAUUACUAUAGAGCUGCUUACAAAAUCUGCGUCUUUCACACAGUGCAAGCAAGCGAGCAAAGCUCCAUUCUCCUGAGCCAAAUUCUGCAAUUAUAUUCACUUGUCUUUACAUAUAAUUGCUAUUCCUCUAGCGCUUGUUAACUUAGUAAACAAGUAAUAAAUCACAUUUGUACUUUGCUGUCAAAUGUAAUUGUUGAGCUGCCUGAAACUCCAACACAUGCUCGGUUAAACUUUAACUGGAGACAUGAAUGGCGUACCUGGAUGUCAAAUAUGAAUCAGCAUAGUUUCCAUUUCAAAAAUUCAGCCCUCUCAUGCCAUGAGCCAGCACUGAAAGGGGCUUAGUUUGUCAACCUCAUAUCAGGUGGUGACUUCAAGAAGGUUUCCCCCCUCUGCCUAGGAGCACGGGCGCUGUCCAUGUUUAUUCAGGUGGCUUGCCAGUAUCAGUGCUUGCCAACAAAAUGCAUGACCUACAACAUGGUGACAUUUUCUUGCAGAGUGUAACUGCCCUUGGUAAUAAGGUAGCAACGGUGAGUUCAACCUUUUGGUUUUGUAAACAAACAAAAAGAUGACUCACUUUGGGACGGGCAGUUAGCCAAAAUGAUUCCACACUGCGAUAAAUAAAAAAGCUGGCUUAUUAGAGUGAAAUUAGAGCUUGCCUUAAAUCAGCAGUUAAGAAUGUUUUUUUAAGUUUCAUGUGGUGAAGUAGACUUUAGGAGUUUAAAGUAAUUAGAACCUCCAGGCUGUAACAAUAAGCAGCACACAAGUCGAACCAAAGACAGUCAAGUUGUUCAUCACCAGCGUUUCUCAGAACUCCCUUGCCUUUUGACAAUUCACAAAAGUUGUACAUUUGGCAGAACUGCAGACUUUCCACAGUUAACCGAAGCAUUUGUUUAUAACCAUGUCACUUCAUCUGCAUUUGUCAUAUUUCUUGGAAUAAUAAAGAUUUUCUGCACACACACCUGAGUUACAAAAGGACUUGGGUCUGUAGUGGUCUGGUUGAAAGUCAA